AUGUCGGUAUUCGUUUACAUGUCCCGUUGGCAGCAGCAGGUGGAGUUGGCAGCACAGGGGCCAGUAGGGGUAUGUAAUGACUCCGCGGGUGGUGGUGUGUGCAUGUGGGCUCAACGCCUCUCCUCAACGCCUCUCCUCAACGCCUCUCCUCUCCACCUUUCUAUGUAUGUGUGUGUCGCCCUGUUGUCGUUUCGCCAUGUUGCCUCUUUGCCAUGCUUCCAUGUACCCUUGUGCCUGAACAGUGCAGCAGGUGGAGUGGGAGACGGCAGCAACACAGUUUCGCGUUCAGCUGAUGAAAAUCAGUCUGACGCUGACAGGACUCUUGCUGCCGCGGGGCUGAUUCGUUUGGAGCGUAUCCUUAAAACGAGGAUAGCUACAGUGGAGGCGAUGCUGAAGAGCUUGCAGCAUGAGAGGGAGGGAGUGGGAGAAGGGAGGGGGGAAUCUGACGAAAAGGAGGAGGGAGAAGGGGAGAGGAAAGGGAGAGGUGGGAAGGAGGAUGAGGUGGACGAUCUGCCAUCAUGGGUGGAUACAGCUGCUGCUGCUGCUGCUGCUGCUGCUGCUGCUGCUGGAUCUGCUGCUGGUGGGAGCAGUGGCAGCAACAGCGGCAGUAAAGCAGGGAGAGAGUUGGUGGUGGAAGGAGAUGAGUGGGAUGAAACAGGAGCAAAGGAUGAGGAAGGCAUGGCGGCUGAGAGUGGGCGGGCACUCAAUACCACUCGCAACGACCCCUCCUCUCCUCCUCAGUCACCCAACACUACCCUCCCUCCCCACCUCUCCCUCCUCCUCUCUCACCUCACUCCCUCCCACCUUCCCCCAGUCUGUCGCACCGACCCGACAACCCACUCCCUCUCCCCCAUCUCCGCCUCUCUCUUUCCCCCUCCCCCCCGCCUCAUCCCCUGGAACCCCCACCCCCACCGCUACCUGCUGGCCACGUGCACUUAUGGUCGCACCUCCAACCACCUGCUCUGCAUACGACGGUGGGUAUGCCCUUGCUCGUUCUCUCAAUUGGUUUUUCUUUCUCUCUCGCGCACUUGCUUUCUCUCCUCCCUACAAACCUCCAUCACCCCACUCGCUUCCCUCUUCUCCCCAUCGUCUUUCUCUUCCCUCCUCCCCCCAUCACCCCCUCUCUACCCUCCUCCCCCCAUCACCCCCUCUCUACCCUCCUCCCCCCAUCACCCCCUCUCUACCCUCCUCCCCCCAUCACCCCCUCUCUUCCCCCCUCCACCCACCGCCCUCUCCCUUCCCCUUCCUCCCCCAGCCUUUCCCUCCCCGUGCUGUCCCUCCAGUCACCUGGCAACUGCAUCUCUGUUCAACCGCUACCUACCGCUGCCACGCCUGUAUCUCGUUCUGAGACGUCUCAAAACCUCUCUUUCUCUUCCCUCCUUCAGGUACCUCGCCUUUGCACCUCUGCUCAACUGCUCUCUGCUGCUGCCACUGGUGCCUCCCACCUCUCCUGGUGGUGCUCCACCAUGGGCUCAGGCAAGGGAGCCACGUAGACAAGCUCUGCUGGCUCUUCCGUUGCUAAACCCUCCUCCCCCUCCUCUCUUCCCUGCCUCUCCAGGUGCACCGCCAGAGUGGAUGGACCUGGGAGUGGCUUUAGACGUGGCAGGCCUGCAGCAGUGUGUGGGGCAGGGACGAGUGGUCACUGUGGACGCAUACCUCAGAGGCGAGGGGGUUGGGAGCGGUGGAGAGGGUAACAGUGGUGAUAAUUCCAGCACCACCAGCACUGGCACUAGCACCGGUGGUGGUAUCAAUAAUGAAGAUACUAACAAUGGUGGUGGUGCUGCUAGCGAGGCCAAUAUCAACGACCCGGCACAUCUCGCCCGCGUCUGUACAGCAGCCCCCAUCCCCGCCUCCAACGUCACUCUCCGCCAGUUCCUCUCCUUCUUUGGCGCUCGCACAGAGCAAGUCAUUGGGCUGGGAGACGUGUUUGAGGUUACAGGGAGCGUGGAUGUGGGACAGGUGGGAGAGACGGGGGAAGAUCUGGGGGGAGUGGGAGGAUCGCUGACAGAUUCGCUGGUGGAAGGUCACUAUGAUGGUGUCAACGGCGCUCGAGACGCUCGAGCACGUUUGCUAGCCGAUAAGCUGCUGGAAGGUCAUGCGAGCAGUGACGGUCUGCCUGGUCUCUACGAUGGUCUCAAUGGUGCCGUCCCCAUCCUGCCGCCCUGCCGCCUCGCCAUGCGUCCGCACCCCGCCGCCCUCUCCGCCGCCCACGCAUUCACGCGGCGUGUGCUCGGCACACGCUUCGCCGCCCUGCACCUGCGGCGGACGGAUUUCGCGACGCACUGCUUGAGGCCGGGCUUCUGGUGCUGGUUACCGCUGUCUCAGAUCGCCCGGUGCGUGGCUGAUCGGAUCAAUGCCCUCAAUGCUGCUGCUGGUGUUGCUGCUGGUGUUGCUGCUGGUGUUGCUGGUGCUACUGCUGCUUCUGGUGGUGGUUCUGCUGCUGCUGUGGCUGUUGCUGCUGGAGUGAAGGAGGGGGCAGCAUCAAGUGGGAUGGAACAGCACAAACCUGUGCGGACUCUCUUCGUCGCCACAGAUACAACCGACCAGGAGCUCCGCUGGUUCACCCAGAUGCUCAAAUCCUUAGUGUGGGGCGAGAUAACCGUAAUUCAGUACCCACGCUCCAAGUCAGCUGCGCCAGGAGCAGCAGAGCUGCAGGCAGCGGGCAUCAUAGCCCACAGCAGCACGAGGGGCACGGUGGAGAAGAUGGUGUGUGUGCAUGCGCUCGUGUUCUGGGGCACCCCGCGGUCGACCUGGAGCAAGGAUGUGUUAAGGAUGAGGGGGGCACUGGGGGUGGAGCAUUGUGGGGAUGACUGGGUGUGUGGGGGGGAGGAGACGGAGGACUUGGGGGUGAGGGAAAUCAGCAAGAGGAUGAAUGCAUGA